CCAUCAUCUCGUUCUAACCUUCACCCUUCUCCUCCUUCCUCAACAUCUAGUCAUCUACCCCUUUCCUCCUCUUUACCCACCUUGCAACCUCUACCUUUAGCCCAAAGCGAUUUCCUACGUCAAGGACAAGAUGUUGUUACACCUUCUACAUCGACAGAUUCGGGUCCUCUGAGUCAGAUGUAUUCCAACGGAGUGGUCUCGAGUCCGUUUACGAGCGAUGAUAACUCGAGUGUAUCCGAGGAGAAACCCAUGGCCGUGGUUUUGAAAGAAGGUACGCCACCCGGACUCCAAGAAGUCCCGCGUAGAGAAGAAUCGGGAGAGUCUAAAACGUCCAAGGAAUCAGAUGAGACUGUCCGACCUGGUGGAGUUAAAGUGUCAUGAGACUCUUUGGUUGUG